CCCGACCACGGAGUCACGUGAUUCACCACCGAGCUUUUCAACAAGCCCACACCGCCACAAAUCAAACUCACCCAACACCAGUUUGCAGAGAGAGAGAGCGAGAGAGAGAGAGAGGCAGACGAGCAAGUGAGAGGAUGAGAAGCAGUGAGGCGUUCACAGGAAGAGAGCCACUCCAUCACCGAAGAGAAACGAUGACGAGGGUUCAGUAGAGGACAGAUCCAAAAUGUCUCCGCGGCGAGGAGGCUUUUGAUAAGCAUCUGAGAUGAGCGGCACGCGGCUUUGGAGUCUCGUUCUCAAGCUGUCCGCUUGCCAUUGGGCUCGAGGAGCGCACACGCUUUCGGGCGCCUCAGCUCAGCCGCAGCUUGAAUAGAAGUGGAGCUUUUGUUGUGCCCUUCGCCAUGAGGCUUCUGACAUCCAACUUGUUCGCGCUGCUCUUCCUGGGCGCAUUUGCGGGGGUUUUCUACGUGUGGAGCUCGCUCGAGGACCGCUUGGAGCGACACAAACGAGGCUUUGCAGUGCCGGGCGUCGGGUCGUUCUUCCCCAAACUCCCCGUGGAUCUUUCCGCUAAAACUUUCCGCACUCUGCUUGCUGUCCCAGCAGCACACAAAAUCCAACUCAAGGCUCACAACGAGACCACAAUAAUUCGCCAAGACCACGUGAAUGGGAAUUCACGGGGAGGGUCAGACAAAUUGGACCCCCCCGUGGAGGAUGGCAUAUUUUGGAGCGCCUGGCUGGAAGAUCUACUGCCGGUGGGAUUCACAGAAGGAUACGCCAGGGCUUGGCGAGACAGGGCGAGGGCAGCACGGGUCGUGAAGCUGGAGCCAGGAUGCGGCAGGAUAUCUAAUCAGCUCGCCACUUUCGCGGAUGGCUCCAAAGCGUGUGUGCGCUACGGGAUCAACGCGGAUCAGGUGCAAGGUGAAACUUUGACCUAUUACCUUGCUUGCUUGCUGGGCAUCACCAACGUGCCCCCUCUGGUGCUGUCCCAGCUGAACACCUUCAGUGAACAAUGGGGGAUGGUGAGGACGCACCUAGGUGAACUACAAUGGAGCGACCAUGCCGUGGUUUCUCUCACCGAGUGGGUUUCCAACCUGAGCGGGGUGGUCACACCUGCUCCGCUACGCCAGGAGAGCAGCGGGCUGCACCCCGAGCUUCUAAACAAGACAACGGAGGAGCUCGUAGAUCUCAUGCAGUGGAGCGACCUGAUCAUAUUUGACUACAUGACGGCCAACUUUGACCGGCUGGUGAGCAAUCUUUUCAGCCUGCAAUGGGACGCGCACGUCAUGGAAAGGGACACCAACAAUCUCCUGAAAACGCCCCGCGGAGACCUGGUUUUUAUAGACAACGAAGCCGGGUUAGUGCACGGCUUCCGGGUGUUAAACAUGUGGGAGCAAUAUCACCAGACUGUGCUGGGCUCCGUGUGCGUGUUCAGGAAGAGGACCGCGCAGCGCGUGGCCGAGCUCCACCAGCGCAGAGAUGCCAGGACAAGGCUGCUGGAGCUCUAUAGAGACAGCGAGCCAUUGUCAGCCAAAAUGGGUUUCCUUUCAGACGAGCACGCCGCUGUCCUCCAGGACAGGAUAGACAGAGUAUACAAGCACAUUCUAGACUGCAAAGAGAAGUACGGCCAGCUAUGAGCAUCCACGAUGGACUCAGUGGCCCAAAGAUGCAAAACAGACAGUUUUGUCUGGAAUAUGCAACUGAACUACCUCUUAUGGAUCAAAUGUGACGCCUACUUUAUCACUAUUUGUGCCAGCUUAAUCCCUGCUGAUUUAUCUCACACUAUGAAUCGCGCUUUGUACACUCUUGAUUAGGAUAACGUGAAGAUUAUAACAGUGACUGCAUGGGGUAACAUAUAGCCCCUCAUGCUCUGUGUGUUUGGAUUAUUGCCGUAUGGUCUUUAAUCCAGAUCAAAUAAACUCCCGAGCCUUACUGUUUACAAUUCAAUAUUUCAUACUUUAUUUCUGUUAACAUCUGGUUGCUUUUAUAGAAAAUCUUUUUGCACAGUCAGCUGCCGUACAGGAAGCCGGCACUUGCAUUUUUCUUUUUAUUCAGCCUUAAAAGUGUAAUAUUGUACAUGUUGUAAAUAUUGCUCACCAACUUGUAUUAGCAAGUCAGAGGUCCACUAAUUUAAUGUGCAUUGUAACAUUCUGAAAUACCUUGCCCCCCCCCCCCCCCCCCCCCUCCUUUUAAAUAUACUCUAAUUUAUGUUAAAACACUGUGUGCUGUUUAACCGUUAUUGUGGUCUGUCAAACAUUUAGCAGCCUGCAAGCCGCUGUGCCCAUCAUUACAGUGCUUUCAUUGUGGUGGAUAAAUGCGUGAUACUGGCAUGAAUGUUCCCUCUGAGCCGUCCUGUCAGCCAAAGGCACGCUACCACGGGAAAAUGCUAAUCCUUUAUAAUCUUACCAGGAAUUAUGAAGGAGGAGACAAGUGACAUCAUUUGAUGCAUUUUCAAAAGGAUUUGCUGUUUCCUAACUAAAUUGAAAUUAGUUUUCAUCUCUUCUUCCACGCGGAUCAAAGGGCUUCAUCAAAUAGCUUCGUCUGUUCAGUUAAAGAGUAAAAAACAUCUCCUUGAGAGACUAUACUGUGCCGAGAGGAUAAUUAAUUAAUGCUUUUUCUCUCCGAGGAGGGCUUUCCUUAUCAUUUUUCAAAGAUUGAAUUUGAACUGUGGAAUGUGUUCAAAGCACGAGUGCAAGGGUUUUUAUUUGACCGUUUUAAAAGAGCGCUUUCUUUAUUAGUUCCAUAACAGAUUGGACUUCUCUGAUCUUUCGAGCGAAAACCAACGAUAUAUGUUUGGAAAGUCCUAUUUUCAGCUGCUUGCUCUUCUGCAGCUGGUUUCUUUUACUACUUCUGUAUGUUCAGCCAACUCACUCCACUAUUUGCGCAUCUCGCGGCAUGAUAAGUUUUGCGUGCAUUAUUUCAAACGGUGGCUACUUAUCCGUUUAUCAAUGCUUGACGCACGUGCAAGUGAUUUUAUGGUUUUGCCUGGUAGGUCACAAUGGCAGUGAUGUAGUGUACAAGGUUAAACGGGUAUAACAAUCUCAUCCAGUGCAACCACCUGCUUCAGCAGCUUAGUAGAUCAAUAUGUGCUCGAAGUGUGGGGAAAGGAGGUCAUGGUAAUGGGUUGGUAAAUAUGUCGACUUGAAUUUCACUGGGGGGGGGGGCAAGUAUUACGUGUACUGUGCAUACAGCUGGGCACCAUCUAAGCCUGCCUGUUCAUGCUGAAAGAGAUUUACGACGGGUUGCAGACACCAGGGAUUAAACAAUGUUGAACUGUGGUCUGCAUGUGUAAACCAGACUCACGAGUCCCCUGCUUUUUCUGCCUUUCACGAUUUGCCUCACAUUUUGUCCUUUGAGCUUUUAAUCUACUGUUCACAAUACUUUACCUAUUUGGUAGCGAAAACAACUAAUGAACAAAAUUUUUGCAAUUUUUUUUUUUUAAUUUAGCCUCUUUGUAAAUCACACAUCGCCCCCAGUUUUUACGCCCAAUUUAUUCUCUUCCUGUGACACUGCAAUGAAUGAAACUUUUCCUAUAGCUCAUGGCACAAAAGCAGUAUGUGGGACUUAAUUACACCCUUAGUGUGCUGUGGGUCUCCUCACAUGUGGUACUUUUGUGUGUGCAUGUGUGUGUGUUUGUGUACGUGUACAAAGAGCCGCCAGCUCAGACAGUCAUGCAUCCUGAAGCCCGCAGCAGGCCUCAGCGCAGAUCCGCAGGUACUUCAAGUGAUCUUCCACUUAUUUGUGCUCAUUGCAAACAUUCCAGAGGAGCAGAGGGAGGAUCAUCUCCAUGGACACGCACACAGACGCAGCAAUUUCUCCAGCAGGAAAAUGAAACAGGAACCAGCUGUGUACACAGACUGUCUUUAAUGUUGAAGGUUUGAACCCUGAUCACUUUUCUUCUCACUUAUAUGAAUCCCACGAGAAUACGAUUGAUUCGGAUAGUAAUUUUCAGAACACCGAUUUUUUUACAUAAUAUUUUAGAUUAAAAAAUAAAAAGGUAAAAUAAUAUGUAGGUGCUUUGCCAGUACAUGACUAACGGAGCAACCCCUCCUUUCCCAUUGGGCUCGCCAUGUGUGAGUGGAUAGACAUAACUGGCAUUCUUUCAAGGCUACAUAGUGCAGGGGACUUCCUGCGCAUGGCUGAAUGAUUUCAUUAUAAAACACAGCACAUCGGGAGGAGAGUCACUUAGUCACAGUUGAGUGGAUACCGUCCAUAAAGGGUCAAUCGUGGGGGGACUGGUGCACCGACUCGAGGGGCUCUCACAUUGUGGGAUGGACAUCCAGGCGCUGGUGCGCUGGGAGAGCUGGCACAAAGCCUGACUGUGUUCAAACCAGGGGCACAAACAUAAGGUCAGGACCUUUAGGUUUUGUUCCUCAAGAAAGACACAAGUUGGAGUCAGACAAGUGAACAACACAUUCCUCUGCUAAACAACAUAAAAGUACAUCUGAAUUCCAAAUACUUGAAUUAUUCUUGUUAUUUUAUAAAUGCAGAAAAUUCUGCUUGACAUUUCAUUACAUCUUGGAAGUUUAAGAGUGAGUAUGAAUGUUUAUUCUAAGUGUGCCCUGAGAUCAGCUGGAGGCCAAUUCAGAAGGCCUCCUGCCCAAAGACAGCCGGGAUAGGCCCCAACAUGCCCGCGAGCCUCGUGAGGAUGAGCGAUUCAGAAAAUGGGAAGCUUAAGAAUCCUCUUAAAGCAGGACACACUCAAAUGUAUUCAUCUAACGCUUGUGCAGUUUAGUUUUGCAUUUUCUGAUCAUUAACGAAUGCUGCGUGUCAGAGCAAACACAAAAACAGCUGUUGUCCAAUCUUUAAGUGAUGGAAGGAAAACAUUGCUCCCUACUUAUCCUCCUCGCAUCAAUUUGUUAUCACGGUCGAAUAGGCCUCAACUUUAUUGCUUUGUUGUAAAUUUGACAAACCGCUGAAACAGUUACUUUGAUAUUUCUACUUAUAUUGUAUCCUGGAAUGUGUACAAGUAGGCAAAUAUCCCUGUCCUGUAAUCACAAUAAAAUCAGUUAUAACCUCA